AUGCGACCGAUUACUCCAAACGCAUACUUUACGCACCGCAGCGCUGCCAUAAAUGAGAUGAAGAAGGAUCCUUUGAAUGAUCCGUAUCCGCACAAGUUUCACGUAACCAUUUCUAUUGGUGAUUUCAUCGAAAAGUAUAAUAAUCUCCUGCCCGGAACAGUGCUAAAUGCCUCUUACGUUAGUGUGGCCGGUCGGAUUCAAGACAUGCGUAAAUAUGGUUCAACGUUCAUGUUUUUGGACCUACAUGGAAUGGAACUGAAGCUCCAGAUCAUGGCCAAUACACAGAUGUAUCAAAGUGAAAAGCAGUUUUAUGAGGACACUUCAAAAUUGUGGCGUGGUGACAUCAUCGGUGUGGUGGGUGCACCAGGCAAAACCAAGAAAGGUGUGCUUUCGGUAAUGGCCAAGAAAAUACAACUGCUUGCACCGUGUCUCCACAUGCUGCCCCAGCUGCAUUGCGGUCUAAAGGAUAAGGAGACGCGAUACCGCCAGCGCUAUCUCGAUCUGAUGCUGAACAACAACGUGCGCUCCAUUUUCGUGACUCGUGCUAGAAUCAUCAGCUACAUACGACAAUUUCUCGACAGCUUUGGAUUUCUGGAGGUGGAAACACCUAUGAUGAGUAUGAUUGCAGGUGGUGCUAAUGCCAAACCGUUCGUCACACACCAUAACGACCUGCACAUGGAUCUCUUUUUACGCAUUGCACCGGAGCUGCAUUUGAAAAUGUUGAUCAUCGGGGGGUUCGAUCGUGUGUACGAAAUAGGGCGACAGUUCCGUAACGAAGGCAUGAAUCUGACGCACAAUCCCGAAUUUACAACAUGCGAGUUCUACAUGGCGUACGCGGACUAUAACGAUAUCAUUGUGAUGACGGAAAAGCUGUUGUCCAGUUUGGUGCACACCAUUCAUGGUUCCUACAAAAUUACGUACCAUCCGCAAGGUCCCGAAGGGGCCGAGGUUGAGAUUGAUUUUACGCCACCGUUUAAACGCAUCUCUAUGCUAAGCUCGCUGGAAGAAGAGCUGGGUGUGAAAUUCCCACCCGGCGAUCAGCUGAACAAACCGGAAGCAGUGAAAUUUCUGGACGAUCUAUGCAUAAAUAACAACGUUGACUGUGAAUCACCACGUUCAGCAUCCCGUUUGUUGGACAAACUGGUCGGAAAGGUUCUGGAAGCAAACUGCCACCAUCCCACGUUUCUUUGUGACCAUCCGCAAAUGAUGAGUCCGCUGGCGAAGAAACACCGCACGCAGCCGGGCUUGACGGAACGGUUCGAACUGUUUGUCAUGGGGAAGGAAAUCUGCAACGCCUACAACGAAUUAAACGAUCCGGAUGUACAGCGCCAGCGGUUUAAGCAACAGGCUGCCGACAAAGCCAUUGGAGAUGACGAAGCCCAGCCGGUGGACGAGAACUUCUGCACUGCGCUCGAGUAUGGUUUGCCGCCGACCAGCGGAUGGGGUAUGGGUAUCGAUCGGCUGGCAAUGUUGCUGACAGACUGCAACAGCAUCAAGGAAGUGUUGCUGUUUCCGGCUAUGAAGCCAGAUAAUACAAUCCGUAAGAAAACGAUCAGAACAUCAACAUCAGAACAAAACGUAACCGAAUGA